AGCACAGCCUGGAAGAGUCAAUAACCCGCUGGUCUGGUCGUAUUAGGAGACCUCAUAACGAUCUGUUCCGCGUCGACGUCCCCCCCCGAGAAUCACUUCGGUCCAGCACCCAUUCACUCACGAGGUCGCACGACAAACACCUUUCCUCGUUCCCCUUUCUCGCAGCCCGGUCCUGCAAAGCGAUCAGCCGGCAACUCGACAACGACACAAUGCAGCAAGGAGAUCAAAGAGGACCUCCUAGAAGAGCCCAGACUGUCAGUCCUUCUGGUUUCAAUGCCGAGGACCAUCAUCGAGGAGUUCGACAUGCUCAAUCGAGUCAUUCACUGGGAAAUCCCGGAGAAGCUGUCCCGCUAGCCCCUCCCAUCGACUCUUACCCUCUGCCCGGGGCCGCCGAAUACCGUCGAUCACCUCCUUCGUCUUUUUACCAUGCUCAAGGACAAGCACCUCCAACAGGCUCACACCCACCCCAGCCUCAACGCGGAUAUUCUUCCUACUCGCAACACUCGCAAACACAAUCGCAAUACGGAGGGGAAGAUCAGGGAAGGCCUUUAUCGGAUGAUGUCGGAGCUGGGUUUGAUAGGCUCAGUAUUACGAGUCAUGAUCAGGUCAACAAUGGUAAUGGCGGUCAGGCCUAUCCGCUAUACAGACAGCCGAGUAGCAUGUCCAAUAGUUCAGGUUACGCUAGGUCUAACAGCGCCGGACCGGGAUAUCAGCCGCAACAACAGGCACAAGGAGGUUACCCAGCGAGCGUGUACAGUGUGGAUAGAGGCUAUACGCCGGGAAUGGACCCGGUCUACGAGUCGGAACCGGGGAGGCGAGGGAGUCAAGAAGAUGGAAACGGAAUGGGAAUGGGACCAGGGAUGGGACCAGGGAUGGGACCAGGUAUGGGAUUCACCCCGGCCAACCCUUACCUGGCCGCUAGCGAUCAUCUCGGUCUAGCCCCACCUCCCUCUGGACCUGGGCCUAGUCGAGCGCGUACUCUGCGUAACGUCUCUUCCACAUCCGACGUCUCCACCCUCCAUCGUACGCCGACGACCUCGAUCGGAUCGAGCAAGGCUAAACGUAAAGGCAUCUCCGCCGCCAUCGACGUGACGAAACCUCCUUAUACCAAGGAAUUCGUCGACGAUUAUCGGGCGAGGAUGAAGAUGGACCCCGAUCCCGAGGCACAGUUCGCCUUUGCCAGGUACCUAAUUGAAGCAGCCAGGAAGAUCGGGGAGGACAUGUCGGCGACAGAUCCGAGGGCGGGGAAGAGGUAUCGGGAUGGCCUGCUAGCGGAGAGCUUGAAGAACCUGAAAAGGCUCGCCGCGGAAGGUGGAGCUGGCAAGGGAGAAGGAGGGUACCCAGAAGCGCAGUUCUUCUUGGCCAACAUGUUUGGUACGGGCCAGUUGGGCUUGCAGGUGGAUCAUGAAAAGGCUUAUCAGCUCUACAUGCAAGCUUCCAAGGCCAACCAUCCUGCGGCGACUUACAGGACGGCGGUAUGUAACGAGCUUGGGGCAGGGACGAGGAAAGAGAUGAAUAGGGCGGUAUUGUUCUACCGCAAGGCGGCGGCUUUGAAGGAUACGGCGGCCAUGUACAAGUUGGCCAUGAUCCUUCUCAUGGGGUCGAUGGGACAAGCUAGGAAUCCCAACGAAGGGGUUGUGUGGUUACGAAGAGCGGCUUCUCAGGCGGACGAAGACAACCCGCAUGCGCUGCACGAACUUGCGAUGAUCUAUGAGGAUCCGCGAGCGUUGAAGCUUCCCCCGAACAUUUGCCCUCCUUCUAUCGAGGCCGCAAGGGAACACUAUACCGAGGCCGCACAACUCGGGUAUGCACCGUCCAUGUACAAGCUGGGCGUGGCGUACGAACACGGUCACCUAGGCUGUCCGGUGGAUCCAAGACGUUCUAUCGCCUGGUUGAGCCGGGCCGCGGAGAAGGGGGAUCCCGAGGCGGCUUUGGCGUUGAGCGGGUGGUUCUUGACGGGUGCAGAGGGAGUGUUGAAGCAGGACGAUCAGGAGGCGUUUCUCUGGGCUAGGAAGGCUGCGAAUAAGGGCUUGCCAAAGGCCGAAUUCGCAUUGGGUCAUUACAUUGAAGCUGGGAUUGGCGUACCUCAAAAUUUGGAGAUGGCUAAACAUUGGUAUCAGCGUGCUGCCACGAGCGGUUCGGAACAAGCGAAGAAACGGAUAGAAGACUUGGCUAAACGUAAACGACCUGCAGGACGACCUUCGCGGCAAGAGGCCAAGGCGGAAGGGUGUGUGAUUGCCUAGAAAACCCUACACGGGAAUGUAGAGACGUAACCGAGCAAUGAACGAUAUAAUACAACGGCAUCGAACGGAGCCGAUCGCGGUCAAUACACUAGCACCAAAGAGUACAAGUCGAUGCCGAGCCCCUACAUGAUCAAGCAGAUUGGCUCAAUCUCCUCUGGCUUGGGUUGGCCAGGCGGAGGAGGAGGUUCUUGCAUCGAUACUGGGGUUACGAGGCCGCUAGGGAUAAGGAGAAUGAUAACAAAGGAGGGAAUGGUUGGUUUCAUAGAUAGAGGCGGAAAUGAGUCUGAGCCGAGACUCGGCGUCGACCGUAGUAUCGCAUGGGAGCCGGUGAACGGGUGACGACAUGAUGUAGGAUGCGGUCGGUGUACUACUUGUGACAUCUCCAAAUCUAGACGACGAGAUACGGCUUUA